UCACCGCAUCAGGAGGGACGUCUCCGUCGGUUGGAGAGUUGACAGAUCGCCGAGGACUGCCCGAAACCAUGCCGGGACUGCAGCACACGUUCGCGGACCGAGUCCGGCGGCGCUGGCUCUGCCCACUGUGCCACCUCCCCAUGAACGACCCCGUGCAGAUCACGACGUGCGGGCACCGCUUCUGUGACACAUGUCUACAAGAAUUCCUCAGUGAAGGGGUCUUUGAGUGUCCAGAGGACAAACUAGCACUGGAUUAUGCCAAGAUCUACCCUGAUGAGGAUAUGCAUGAGGAGAUCAUCAACACCAAAGUUCGCUGUUCUCACUGGACUGACGGCUGUUACUGGGUGGACAAGGUCACACGAUUACAGGACCACCUGAGAACGUGUAAGUACACGCCUGUGCAGUGUCCCAACGACUGUUCCGCUCUGCUCACACGGCUGCGUCUGGACGACCAUCUGGAGCACGAGUGUUCCCGCCGACAGUGCAAGUGCGAGUUCUGCGGCAUGCGGAUGUCCUGGGAGAGAAUGGAGCACCACGAGGGCAGCUGUCCCCAGGAGUCUGUGUACUGUGAGAACAAGUGUGGAGCCCGCAUGCUGCGCCGCUUCCUCAGUAACCACACCCUCAACGAGUGCGCCAAAAGAACCGUUCCCUGUCCGCACUGUGGCAAACAGUUCCUAUACGAUACCCUGCCGGAUCACUCCUACAACUGCCCCAGGUUCCCCGUCAGCUGUCCAAACCGGUGUGACCCGACAAAGAUCCCUCGAGAGGAGGUAGAACAGCAUCUCCACGACAACUGCCCGUCCACUAUGGUCGCCUGCCCGUUCUACGAGUCUGGCUGUAAACACAAGUGUCCCCGGAAUUCCCUGGACAGACAUCUACAGCAGGAGAGUGGGUCCCAUCUCAAACUCAUGUGCCAACUGGUCAGCCAACAGAAGAACGACAUCUCGCAACUCAGGAACCAGCUCCAAACAGUCACAACCAACCAGGAUGGGACGCUGCUGUGGAAACUCUCCGACAUUGAUGCCAAAUUCAAGGAAGCCAAAGCCAGCAACAACUGUGAACUGGUCAGCCCUCCCUUCUUCACGGGGAAGCACGGGUACAAGUUAUCGCUCUCCGUGUUCCUCAACGGUAACGGGUCCGGGGAGGGUUCGCACUUGUCGCUGUACGUGCGCCUGCUGCCGGGGGAAUACGAUUCGCUGUUGCAGUGGCCGUUCACUCACGCGAUGACGUUCAUGGUGCUGGACCAGGGAGAUCCCACCAACAAGCGCGAACACCUGACGGAGUCCUUCAUCCCCGACCCCACCUGGAAACACUUCCAGAAGCCCAGCCACCACGACAAGAAGUCCCUGGGGUUCGGCUACCCGCAGUUUGUCUCACACCAGACCCUGAAGACGCGAGGGUACGUUGUGGAUGACUGUCUCUACAUCAAGUGUAUCGUGGAUCCGUCACGAAUUGUUGAGCCAUAGAGAUAUGAUGAAGAUCUAAGAGAUUAGUAGUUGGCUGAGGAAUCUGUAGCCUAAUACUUGAACAUCCAAAAUCGUUAGUGUACCAUUAGAGAGAAAGUCUAAUGUAUGAUGUACAAGAAGUCGAUAUGUUUUUUAAAUGACGUGUAACACUGCGAUUUUACAAUUUAUGGGCAUAAAGGCUUUUCUGCCCAGAUCUAGAGGAACUGUAGUAUGUAUUACAAUAUUCAAAUAGAUUUUAAUGUAACAGAAUUUGUGUUUUAGUGAUGUUCACCUAAGAAAAGAGCUAUGUUUUAAUGUAAUAUGUGCUGAAAUUUUCCUUUGAUUUUAUCUCACAAGCUAUUUAAAACCACUGAAAAAUUACAUUGUAUAUAUGCGUGUAUUGGUUCUUAACAGAUGUUGCUUGUAUAGACAAAUGUCUUUGUUGAUCUUGUGUCUUUGCUGAAUGCAUAAUUGCCAUAUUGUCUUGUCUGAUGGUAUGAUAUGAUAAAUGCUACACACUUACCAUGAGGAUAUAGCAAACUGUGUUGAUGAUAUUGUUACAAUAAGAGUAUGUGACUAAUACUCAAGUGGAAAAUAAAUGUUACGGUAAUGCAAAAUGUUAAGCCAGUUGUUUAAGUAUAAAAAUGAUCAUUGACAGACAUUAACAGAUAUUUUACAUUGCUGUGAGGAACAGACAACAUAUGGUCUUUGUGCCAGUGCAGUGACAGCGAAUUUGUUGUAAGAAAAUUGUUCAUAUACAUGUUACAUGCUAAUGAGUACAUGGAUUUGUUGAAGUAGCCAUGUUAGACUACAGGUACGAUGAGAGCCACUAAAUAUUAUGUGAAAAUUCUGUAAGCCACAAUUUCGUCAACUUGCCAUGUAUAGAAUAAUAUAACCUAGCCUACAGACAUGGAACAAGCCUUGGCUGUUGCCGCAGUUUCUUUUACCUGAUCUGACAUUUUUCCCAAAUGAAGUUUGUUUACAUAUAUGAUAAUAAUAUCAACAAUAGAAGCAUUGUUGUAUUAAAGCACCACCAAUAAUAGCCAGCUGUUGAUGCCAAAUGUACGUUAACCAAGAAUAAUCAAUCAUACCUCAGACAACAGCCACAUAGUCUCAAAAUUGACAAGGUUACGAUGUUUGUCAUCAAUGAUAAUUACUGUAUGUGACUAUCUACCACAACAGUGUUGAACUCAAUGUUUGUUUAUCUUCAGUGAUCUCCAGGCAGAUUUUGGGAAGGGUACGAAAUAUAAGCUAAUAUUUUACUGGGUUUUGCUUGUCAGAAAAUGGGGAAGGCAGACUGCCACAGAGGACAUUACAAUCUUCCCUUCUCACAUCUGUUUGGAGGUGGAUCUAUUGUACAGUGAUGAAGGUUGUUGUCUUGUACAGAUGUGUUUUAUAACUGUUUUGUGUUUCGUGUUUGUAAAUAAACUAUGAACUGUGAA